GGUUGAGCGGAGGCCGAGCGUCUCAAGUGUCCUUUCCUAAUCCCUGCCCUCAGUCCCUGCGUGGCGCUCUCCGCCGCUGCCCCAUCGAGGGCCUUGGCAGACGCUCCCUAACGCUUGUCAGUGAACACUCGGAGAGCGCCCUGGUAUUGUCACACACUCCCUGGCCCUCCUCCAGCCAAUCGGAGUCUUUGCCUAGUGCGGCGGGCGGGCGGACAAGCGUUGUCUCCGUAGCAACCGAAGCGAAGCUCCGUCCCAGCAUCUGAUUGGUCGAUUCAAAGUGAUUCUUUGCGCGAGGUGGGGGUUGUUGGGUGCGCGCAGCGGGACCGCGCGGUGCCGGCGGCAGGACGGGAGAGAGGAUGCGGCCGGAUGGCGGGAUCAGCCCGAGCUUCGUGGCCCAGCAGCGGAUCCGGCAGCUGGAGCAGAAGCUGCGAGCUAAAGAAGAAAGAAUAGUUGUGCUGGAAACAGAAAAUGCUCUUCUUCAUCUGAAACUUGCAGAGUGUCGAGGGUUGUUUGGAAGAGACACUAAUGAAGUGGCACAGCUUAACUUUGUUCAUGACAAGCAACAGAACUUGUGUAGAAGCACGAGCUCCGUUAUAAUCCAGGUUUAUGGAGCAAUACAGAGACUUAAGCGAGACCUGAAGAAUCUCCAUUCAUUUGCUCUUGAGCUUUCAAGAGACUUUCAACAUCAAUGCAAGAAUUCUCUUUACCAAGUUUUGACUGCUGUCCAAAGGAUCCAGCUGCAGAAUGAAGCUAUGCAAACAUUCCAGACAAAAGCAUUUGAUCUUGAGCAGUCUUUACAGGAAGUUAAUGAGAGAUACCAGCAAGAAAAACGAAAGAGAAAAAUACUUCACAACAGUUUAGUUGAACUGAGGGGAAAUAUCAGAGUGCACUGCAGGAUCCGUCCCUUACUGCCUUUUGAUACUGCUUCUGGACAUUCAAUCUCACAAGAUAGGCACAGAAAGCUUUCAGAAAAAGUGGCACAUGCUACUGAUGAUGAAACUGUCCUUGUAAAAUGCAAUCGUCCUGGUCAUACUUUGAUCAACAAGACAUUUCAGUUUGACAGAGUUUACAGUGUUGCUGAGUCUCAAGACACAGUGUUUGCAGAUGUGGCCCCUUUGCUUACAUCUCUGCUGGAUGGAUACAAUGUGUGUAUUAUGGCUUAUGGACAAACAGGGAGUGGGAAGACGUACACAAUGUUGGGACCGCAAUCUGAGGAUGAUGUCACUCUUUCAAUAGAAGAUGAACUAGAGCUAGGAAUUAUUCCUAGAGCCACAGAAGAAGUCUUCAGGCUUAUUUCAGAAAAGCCACCAGGAAGUCAUUGGGUUGAGGUUUCUGUUGUAGAAGUGUAUAAUAAUGAAAUUUUUGAUCUUCUGGCCAAAGACAGCUGUGGAAGAGUAUUCGGCAUUAAACGUGAUGUUGUCACAACCAAGGAAGGCAAGAGCGAUGUGCCGUUGCUUACCUAUGAGACUGUUGAAAAUGCUGUAGAAUUCUUACAGCUAGUUGAUAAAGGUCUGCAGCUAAGGGUCAAACAUCCAACCCUGGUGCAUGCUCAUUCUUCUCGCUCUCAUCUGGUAGUGACAUUGACCAUAACCACGAAGGCUGUCUCUGCAGAUAGCUUUGCUCCUCCAUGGACAGAUGAAGAGUCUAGUCCAAGGCUAAGUAAAGAGCUUUUCUGCACCUUUCCUCAACAAGUGAAAGACGAUAAACUCCUCUUUCCUUCCAGAGCCUCUUCUCCAGCACAGUUUGAAUCUACUGAGAAACUGAAGCACAUCAAAACUAAACUACAGCUGGUGGAUUUGGCGGGCAGUGAAUGUGUUGGUAUGUCUGGAGUGACAGGAGUAGCCCUGCGAGAGACCUCGUUCAUUAACCGUAGCUUAUCAGCUCUAUCAGACGUACUUGGAGCAAUAGCAGAGCAGCGCUCUCACAUUCCAUAUAGAAACAGCAAACUUACCCACCUACUCCAGGACUCCAUAGGGGGCAACGCUAAAUUGCUGGUGAUGCUGUGCAUCUCCCCCUGCCAGAAGUACUUAGCGGAAUCGCUGCAAUCCUUGGGAUUCGGAACUCGUGCUCGGCAAGUUCAGAGAGGACAAGUCAAGAAAAGAAAUCUGCCAGUGUCUAGCAAAUCAAAAUAAAAGCUAAGGCUCCCGUGGAUUAAAGUAUUAUUAAUGAGUUCCUCAGACUGAAAUGUAUCUUGUUGUCAUAAAGCCAUGCUUUAAGAUGUAAACUGCCAGUUAAAAUAAACACUCCUCAAUAUGGCAUUA